CGGAUUGGAUUGACCGUUGAUGUCUGAUAUCAUUUCAUCCUAAAAUUCUUCAUUUUUUUUACUAUAUUCCGAAUCCAAACUAGUUGUGGGUUGUCGUUCAUAGUAUUAAGAAUCUGUGAACGCCUGCAAUUCAACGAGACAAUGGUUAGACGAAAAUCUGUUCCAAGUCCAUCAAGCAAGUUUUCAAAGAAAAGAGCAAAUAAAGACAAUACAACUGUAAUAGUAAGUAAAAAUAAAUGGACAAGCCAUGUGCUGCAGGAAAUUAAACAUCUAAGGAGAACCACACACUUUCUCAUACCUAAACAACCUUUUGCACGUUUAGUCAGAGAAAUUAUCAUCGACAUAUUUCCCAGACAGAACAUCACCAGAAUACAAGCCACUGCUCUUGAAGCCCUGCAAGAAGCGACAGAGAUGUAUAUCGUACAAUUCUUUGAAGAUUCAGUAUUGCUGACAUUACAUGCAAAACGGGUCACUCUUAUGCGAAACGAUAUGAUUUUAAUGCGCAGGCUGAGAGGCCGCAACGAUAUCAUCAAUAGAUAAGAAUUUUACUUCAUAUAUAUAACUUUAGAUAGACUGAUGUUUCAAAUACCUUAAGAUGUGUUAAGAUAAAACGAAUUCUUUCCUUUUGAAGUUUUUUACUGA